AUGGCGGCAACGUUCGUGUUCAGAAACAAAUGCAACGAGACGAUCUACCCCGGCGUGCAGACGAACCCCGGCAGGCCGGCCUUCCCGACCACCGGCUUCCAGCUUCAGCCCGGCGCCGAGGUCCAAUACCGCGGCGUCGCGGGCACCUGGGCCGGCCGCAUCUGGCCUCGCCACCGCUGCUCCCCCGGCGGCGGCGGCGGCGGCCUGUCGUGCGCGUCCGGUGACUGCGCGGGGAGGCUCGAGUGCGGCGGCGCCGGCCACCAGCCGCCGAGCACGCUGGCCGAGUUCACGCUCGGCGGCUCGGGCGGCAACGACUUCUACGACAUCAGCAACGUCGACGGCUUCAACGUGCCCCUCCAGAUCGCGCCGACCGGCAGCUGCGCGACGGUGGCGUGCGGCGCCGACAUCAACGCGGCGUGCCCGCCGGAGCUGGCGGUGACGGCGACCGACGGCGGCACGGUGGGGUGCCGGAGCGCGUGCCUGGCGUUCGGCACCGACGAGUACUGCUGCCGCGGGGAUCACGGGAGCCCCGACAGGUGCCGGCCGAGCAGGUUCUCCGAGUUCUUCAAGCGCAAGUGCCCGCAGGCCUACAGCUACGCCUACGACGACAGGACCAGCACCUUCACCUGCGCCACCAGCGCCGGCUACAGCAUCGUCUUCUGCCCUUGACCCGAUCAGCGUGUUUUUUCUUUCAAAUAAAAUUUGUGUAACCAGCUGGUAUCAUGUAUGUCAUCACCAAGAAUUUCACCAUAAUUUAGCAAGAACA